AUGGCCCCCUCGCCACCCAUUAUUGAUCGCGUCAACGGCAUCAACGGCAUCGACACAUCGUCGCCACAUCGCAAUGGGAACCACCAUAUCCGACUAAUCGCCGCAUACACGCACCUCCUCUCCUCUACCCUUCUCGUUCUGCUAUUUUCCUUACCGCCGUCUCCUCCAUCGUCGUCCUCCAUGCGUCGUCGAUGCCACAACGCACACGAUGGAAAAGUUCUUGAGGGAAUGGAGGCAGGACGCCCUCAACAAAGCGCAGUACGAGUCGGCCAUUUUCAUCGGCGACAAGCUGCUCGCAUUGACAAGUCCGUCACCGCCGUUCCGCGCUCCCCGCGCUCCCCUUGCCCCCCUUGCUCCCCAUGCUUCCACGCUCCCGACGCUCCCCAUGCUCCCCGUGCUCCCCAUGCUCCCCAUGCUCCCCGCGCUGCCCCGCGCUCUCCCGCUCCACGCCGGCUCGGACUCGGCGCGAGCACAAGGCCAAGCAAAGGGUUGCUGACGUGUCGUGCAUCAGACGAUGACCAGGACGCCUUCUGGCUCGCCCAGGUGCACUUCGCCACGGGCAACUACACGCGCGCGCAGGCCUUCCUCGCCAAGCAGAAUCUCGUGGCGCGAAACCCGUCCUGCCGAUACCUCGCCGGCCACUGUCUCAUCAAGCAGAACCGGUUCGAGGAGGCGCUGUCGGUGCUCGGCGAGCGGAACCCGACGCACCUCAUCUCCAACGGCCCGAGCAACAAGCGCAAGGCCCAGUCGCGGCACGGCCGGCGGCGGGACGGCUCGGACGAGGACGAGACGGCGACGCGCAGGUUCGAGGCCGCCAUGUGCUUCCUCCGCGGCAUCUGCUACGCGAAGCAAAACGCCUUCGACAGGGCCAAGGAGUGCUACAAGGACGCGGUCCGCAUCGACGUCCGCUGCUUCGAGGCCUUCCAGCAGCUCAUGAAGAACGCGCUGCUGUCGCCCGACGAGGAGUGGCAGUUUCUCGAAAGCCUCGACUUCGACUCCAUCACCGUCUCGGACGACGCCUCGGCAUCUCAGGAGGCUGCCGACUUUGCCAAGAUGCUCUACACCACCCGGCUCUCCAAGUACCGCAACCCGGCCGCGUUCGAGACGGCCUACGGCUCGCUCUCGACCCACUACCGGCUGGCCUCGAACCCCGACCUCGAGCUCGCGCGCGCCGACCUGCUCUACACCCAGUGCCGGUACCGCGACACGCUGACGCUGACCAACGCCAUCCUCCGCAACGACAAGUACAACUUUGGCAUAUACCCCGUCCACCUCGCCUGCCUCUACGAGCUGCGGAUGAAGAACCUGCUCUUCCUCGUCGCCCACGACCUCGCCGACAGCCACCCCGACGAGCCGUCCACCUGGCUCGCCGUCGGCAUCUACUACUUCGCCAUCGACAAGAUCGCCGAGGCGCGCCGGUACUUUAGCAAGGCGAGCAUGAUGGACGCCCACUUCGGGCCCGCCUGGAUCGGCUUCGCCCACACCUUCGCCGCCGAGGGCGAGCACGACCAGGCCAUCUCGGCCUACUCGACCGCCGCCCGGCUCUUCAUGGGGACCCACCUCCCCCAGGUCUUCCUCGGGAUGCAGAACCACGCGCUGAACAACAUGACGCUGGCCGAGGAGUUCCUCAAGACGGCCUACGGCCUCUGCAAGACGGACCCGCUGCUGCUCAACGAGAUGGGCGUCGUCAAGUACCACCAGGACAAGCCGAAGGAGGCCGUUCAGUAUUUCACCGCCGCCCUCAAGAUCGCCGACGAGAUCGAGAGCGAGCCGUCGGCCUGGCUGUCGGCCCGGACGAAUCUCGGCCACGCCUUCCGACGCCUGCGCCACUUCAACCGCGCCCUCGCCGAGUUCGACGAGGUCCUGCGCCUCGGCGGCAAGGACGCCUCGAUAUUCAGCGCCAAGGGCCUCAUCCUGAUGGAGCAGAACAGGCCCGAGGAGGCGGUGGCGGUCCUGCACCAGGCCCUCGCCAUCAACCCGCAGGACAGCAUCGCCACCGAGCUCCUCAACAAGGCGCUCGAGGAGACGGUCCUCGUGGACGGCGCCGCCGAGGACGAGGCCGACGACCUCGCCGAGUUCGAGCAGCACCUCGAGCAGCGGAAGGUCGACGCCGCCGAGAGGCUGCACGGCGGCCGGCCCGGCCGGACCAUGGUCAUGGACAAGGGCAAGGGGAGGGUCGCGAGGCGCCGGACGCUGCUGGACGACGAGGAAAGGGUCGAAAGCAUGAUGGAGAUGAGCGAAGACGGCGAGUAG